UCUUGCUGCCGGUGCCUAGGGGUAAAAUCUGCCGAGAGAGCUUCUCAGUGCGAGGAGGCCAUUUUUCAUGCAGUAACUCUAUCAGCUCGAAGCUGGAGGAAAAACCCGCGGCUUUGCUUCGGAGAGCGACGGAACCAAGCAAUCGCCCGCACUUUUAAACAAAGCCCGCCGAUGCUUAUCCAAAGAAGCAUCUCCCGUUCUCUCUCCUUCCAUCGGGCCAUAACUCAAAUGAAGACCGCUUCUCUUGCGCACAAUUCUAUAAUCCGACCUCACUCUUAUUUCCCCAUCUACAGCCGUCGGUUCUUCUUUCUCAUCCAUCAAUCCCUCCCUUUUCCUAUGUCAACACCUCCAUUCGGCUCCUUCGCGGCUACUGGCAAGGAAUCCAAGCAACCCAUCGCUGCCCUGCUCCAAGUUGGCGGUGUCAAGAUCACUAAAGAUGAUGUUGUGAGGGAGAACGAUCCCGCUAACAAUGUUCCCGAUGCAAUAUUUUCCAAGCUGGGGAUGCAGCUUCACCGUAGAGAUAACCACCCAAUUGGAAUUUUGAAGAAUGCUAUUUAUGAGUACUUUGAUUCAAACUACUCAGGGAAGUUUGUGAAGUUUGAUGACCUCAGCCCCAUUGUUUCCGUUAAAGCGAAUUUUGAUGAUGUUUUGGUCCCUGCUGAUCAUGUUAGCAGGAGUAAUAAUGAUACAUACUAUGUUGAUGCUCAAACAGUCUUGAGGUGCCAUACAAGUGCGCAUCAAGCAGAGUUGUUGAAAACUGGGCACUCUCAUUUUCUGGUGACUGGCGAUGUUUAUCGAAGGGAUUCCAUCGACUCAACCCAUUAUCCUGUAUUCCAUCAGAUGGAAGGGGUUCGUGUCUUCUGUUCUGAUGAGUGGGUUGAUUCUGGUUUGGAUGGAACAUCUUAUGCUGCUAUGGAUUUAAAGAAAUCUCUCGAGGGUUUGGCAAAAAAAUUAUUUGGUGAUGUGGAGAUGCGGUGGAUUGAUACUUAUUUUCCCUUCACAAACCCAUCUUUUGAGCUGGAGAUAUAUUUUCAGGAGAAAUGGAUGGAAGUAUUGGGAUGUGGAGUGACUGAGCAGGAGAUAUUGGAAAGAAAUGGAAAAAUACAUUCUGUUGCUUGGGCCUUUGGUCUUGGUUUGGAACGAUUAGCAAUGGUUCUUUUUGAUAUUCCAGAUAUUAGGUUGUUUUGGUCAACCGAUCAGCGGUUUACUUCCCAGUUCUCUGAGGGAAAGCUUGGAAUCAAGUUCAAACCAUUUUCCAAGUAUCCUCCAUGUUACAAGGAUAUGAGUUUCUGGAUAAGCGACUCAUUCACGGAGAAUAAUUUGUGCGAAGUUGUGAGAGGAAUUGCCGGAGAUCUUGUGGAGGAGGUGCGGUUGAUUGAUAACUUCACAAAUAAGAAGGGAAUGACCAGUCACUGCUACAGAAUUGCUUACAGGUCAAUGGAACGCUCACUAACAGAUGAGGAGAUUAACCAGCUCCAGGGGGAUGUGAGGGAGGCCGUUCAAAGCAAGUUAAAAGUCAUUCUCAGAUAAGAGCUUUAAAUUGUAUUCCAUUAUUAUCUUGCAGCCAUUAUUUCUAUUAUCCCAUGUUGUAACGUUCAAAGUUGAAUAUUAAGAGCAGGAGUGCAGCUGUUAAAAAAAAAAGAAAAAACUACUUGUUUGUUAGCUGGAGUUCAAUUAGUUUUUAUAAACCCGAGUAUCUAACGAGUCAGAUGUGAAUAAAGUCCUGUUUAAUUGUGCCUGGCUCGAUAAUAAUUUGAUUA